GGCGCGGCGGCGCGUGCGUGAUGAUGCUGCGCGUGACGCCACGCCAUAGCGCGUGCCCGAAGCAUUUCGGGCGGAGUUGAUCCGGAUCGUGUGGAGAAUCCAGGACGAGGCCAGUGCACUCCGAGUGAACAGGGCAAUAAGAUGGCACGGGUAGGUAGCGCAGUGUGCGGCGUGCUUCCUCUGCUCUUCGUGGUGGUGGCGAUGGCAGCAUCUGAUCUGUUCGACAACCAACUGGGAGACAUCAGCUACUGCAAAAACCAGUGUCAGACCACCAUUAAAAACAAAAAAGCUGCCAAAGACUCCAUAAUGAAUGCAUGCUACCGUGGCUGUCGGCUCUAUUCAAUCUGCCAGUUUGUGAAUGGAAACACAGGAUUCAACAACAGCAAGGAGGAAUGCCAGGGAGCAUGCCAGGAAGCAUACAGUAAGCUACUGGAGCAGGAAGCUUGUAGCACAGGCUGUACCAGCCAGCCAGCUGAGCCUGAAAUCCAACGGAGGAAGCUCAAGGCCCUGACCAACCGCCCCAAACCAGUUUCAGUAAUGGAUGCUUUAUUUGGUUGGUGUAACGAUAUUGUCAGCUCUGCUCAAAGUUUCAUGUCCUCCACCUGGACUUUCUACCUGCAGGCUGAUGAUGGCAAGGUGGUUGUGUUCCAGAGCGAGCCAGAGAUUGAGUAUUAUUUACCUGAGGUCCAAGCCCCACACUCCAGUGCUGCAAACAAACCUUGGCCUGAAGGAAAUCCUCAGACACAGAGGCUACAGACUGGAGAACGACUGCAUGGAGAGAAAAACGCACCUAAAGCUGUGAGUAAGGGCAAACACAGCAGCCAGCAUGUUGAGGACACAGUCGCUGAGCACGACUUCCUGGGCUGCAUGUCAAGGCGUUCAGGUCUACCUCGGUGGAUCUUAGCUACAUGUCUCUUGUUGUCCAUCAUGGUGAUGCUGUGGCUGAGCUGCGCCAGUCUGGUAACAGCACCUGAGCAACAUGUAAAGACUCAGUUGAGCAUCAAUGGAGAUAAGGAGUUCCUGGACUACAUGCCAAAAGUCAACCCCUACCAUCUGACUUCAGUGAUCGCUGUAGCAGUCGGCCAUCACGAUGAAGGAAAAGAGGCAGGGCCUCUGCCAGUCAAAGUUGACCUGAACAAAACCUCGCUUUAAAAUCAUUUCAGUGCGUGUCAUCUGUUAGUAUCUCUGUCCCUCAGUUAGAGGAAAAAACAUCAUAAUGUUUAAUUUUCUAAAUAAAAGUGCAUGGUGUAUAUAAGGAACAGAUUACACACCGCUCAGUGACAUUUAAUUUAGACAUAUUCACUAGACAGUGCUGCUUUCGAAAACAUUACGGACAUGAUUAACUGAGCUUUAAUUGUAGCACAUAAGAUUUGGGAUGCUUGCGUGUUCUUUGAGCUUUGAGAACAUCUUAAAACACGGCUGAGAUGUUGACUACAGCGAGCAAAAGACAAGCGCAGAUGUUCUCAACGUUUUCGAUUUGAUUCGUCAUCUCUGAAUAGAUGAUUUUCCAGUUUGUACACUGGAAACUGACCCUACCUGUGGAAUCAUGGGAGCAUAAUCAUGUGUACAUAUUAAUCACAAUCGCUAAUCUAUAUCACUUAUGUAUAAGGUCUUAUUGUAUUUCUCAUUUAGAGGCUAAUAGCUAAGAUUCAGUAGUAUCUACAGAAAGCGUUAAGGUUAUGAGUGAUGCCUAGGUGAAGUAAGAAUGUAAAUUUCUCUUUUAUUCUUGAGAUUGUGGGAUGGUUGAUUCUCUUACUUCUGCUUUAGUGCUAGGUUUUGACCAAUAGCUCAUGUGUUAGCAGCCGUAGAGCUGACCAGCCGCAACGACUCGUCUAGUGCUGAUCGUGUUUCUAAGCUCUUUUACCCCAUGUGGUCCUGAUCGCGGUGCAUGCUAGUAGGUUUUAAGACUAAGCAAUUACCUGCCUACCCACUUAUGGACAAUAGACUAUUAUAUGCUCUUAAUAUUUGUGUUUAUAGUUUCAUGUUGAGCGAAAAUACAGUUAUACAGCACAGAUGAGUUAAGAAGAAAAUCUCCAAAUGCUAUUUAGUUACAAGACUGAUGCAUGAACCAAUCUAUAAUACAUAACCAAUGUAUUUUUUCCACACAGUGGUUAACUGGGUGUUUACAUUUUUGGUUUGAUUUUUGCUCCAGAACUCAUUAGUCAUUUAUUAUUAAUAUGGAUUUUCUCUGUCAGCAUGUCAUGCAGUAAAGAACAAAGAACAGUCUAAGAAAAGAGAGAGAUUAUACAAGCUUAAUGGAAUAAUCAGUUGCAUUUAUGAUUUUUUGGCUCAUUGCUUUUCUUUUCUGGUUUCUCAGCUAAAUCAGCCGCCAGACUGAAUAAAAUUUGCAUGUCUAAUUAGCCAGUCUUUAAUUAGCUAUGUAGUUGCCAUCUCUCUCUUUAUCCCACAAUCUUUACUUACUGCCUGCUUUUAUUAAGUCUUCAAUUUAAAGGAAAUAAGGCAAUGCGUGCUGCAUUUCAGGGUAAUAUUGCCACAAUUUAUAUAUAAACGAUUCAAAUCACAUCAUUUCCUGUAUAAUUUCUGGUACAUUUUGAUUUGCUAAAUGUGACCCUGCCCCUAAUGAACACAUUAUAUACAUGCAAGUACAGUCUGUAGGCAUGCAUUUGUGUGAAUCUUAUACCAGUUGUAAACACAUUACUUGGCUCAAACAUUUAUGCUGAUUGUUGUUUACUAUCAGUACAGAAAUGUUUUAUUUAUGCCUAUAGCAUGGAGUUACUCCAUCUACCAACAUGCACUGGUGUAUUUUGUCGCAAAGAUUUGUUUUGCCUGCAAGGAGUUUCUUAUUAGCAAAUCCAUUGAGAAGAAGAAGUAAAAUGUUUGAUAUGUUAUUUAAAAAUGUAAUAAACUGUCAACUUGGCAAUAAUCUGUGACUAUACAUGCAAGCGUUUAACUCAGCAUUAGUGGAGAAAAAGGAAUUUACUCUUAGGCAAAUGGUUGGACGCAUUGUACUGGCCCUUCACCCUUGCUGGACUGCCGGCUGACCACCUGCAAGACACGCAAACGUUAUGUAGGAUCUCCUAACUCUGGGCCCAUUAAUCCCCUCAUAACUGUGCAGUGUGAAUGUCUUCCCCUUCCCCAUUAAAAUAUCCUCUAAAUGUCUGCAGUCAUUAUGGAAGUAUAUUAUCAGAGACAUUAAUCGACAUGUUUUAGAACGAUACAUUUAUUAUCAAUAAUAAUGAUCAAUGUAAAAACUUUUAUCGUGAAAAACAAAUAUUAAAUACGAUUUAAAAAACCA